UCCAGGAAACAUGCUCUCAGAGGUGCCCCCAGCCCCUCAGCCUUUUUGUCACGUCCUAGACUACUCUCCCUGCUGUUUCUCAGCUCUGGAGGCCAGAAACCCAAAAUCAGAGUGUGCCAUCUCUUUCCGGGACCCUGACUGGCACAGACAAGCAGGACAGUGACCAUCUGUCUUUUCCAGUCCAGAGCGAUGGAGACAAAUGAGAAGGUUCAUGUGGACUCUGAGUUCCGAUACACCCUCUUCCCGAUUUUUUACAGCAUCGUCUUUGUGCUGGGGGUCAUCGCCAACAGCUACGUGCUGUGGGUCUUUGUCCACCUGUACCCUUCCAAGAAACUCAAUGAGAUAAAGAUCUUCAUGGUGAACCUCACCGUGGCUGACCUGCUCUUCUUGGUCACCCUGCCCCUAUGGAUCAUCUAUUACUACCACCAGGGCGACUGGAUUCUUCCUAAGUACCUGUGCAACCUGGCUGGCUGCUUCUUCUUCAUUAACACGUACUGCUCGGUGGCUUUCCUGGCCGUCAUCACUUACAACCGCUACCAGGCGGUGACGCAGCCCAUCAAGACCGCUCAGGCCACCACCCGCAAGCGUGGCAUCUGUUUGUCCCUGGUCAUCUGGGUGUCCAUUGUGGCCGCUGCAGCCUACUUCUUCGUCCUGGACUCCACCAACGUAGUGUCCAACAAGGCCGGCACAGCCAACGUCACCCGCUGCUUUGAACACUACGAGCCGCGCAGCAUCCCAGUCCUCCUCAUUCACAUCUUCCUCGUGUUUGGCUUUCUCCUUGUCUUCCUCCUCAUCCUCUUCUGCAACCUGGUCAUCAUCCGCACGCUGCUCACGCAACCCAUGCCGAUGCAGCGCAAUGUGGAAGUCAAGCAGCGGGCGCUGUGGAUGGUCUGCACGGUGCUGGCUGUGUUCAUCAUAUGCUUCGUGCCUCACCACCUGGUGCAGCUGCCCUGGACCCUGGCCGAGCUGGACUUCCAGACCAACGAAUUCCACCAGGCUAUUAACGAUGCACAUCAGGUCACUCUCUGCCUCCUGAGCACCAACUGUGUCUUAGACCCCGUCAUCUACUGUUUCCUCACCAAGAAGUUCCGCAAGCACUUAACGGAGAGGUUCCACAGCAUGCGCAGCAGCCGGAAGUGCCCCCUGGCCACCAUGGAGACGGGCACCGAGGUGGUCUUGCCGCUCAACCAGGCCCCCGCCAAUUCCCUCAAAAAUUAGCCAGCCCAGAGACUUCUGCUUCAUGACUGACAUGGGGGAAGGAGGGAUAUUUGCUGUGGUCUGGGCACCUCCUCCCUGGGCACCUGGCGGCCCAUUAGAUAUGGGGGCUACCUCCCCAAGGUGGGACGGUAAAGAGCCAGACUGCUGAAAAUCCCGAAUUGGAAUGAGUCCCUUGAGCCACCUUUGGGCACCUGCCAUAGUAACCUUGCCUGGUGACCUCCUCCCGGGUGCCUGCAUCUGAGAGCUCUGGGAGGAAAGUCAGAGCUGGGGCAGGACUUGAGCGCUGAGCCACCCAGUACACCCUACAGGACAGCAGCCCAAGCAAGUGUGGGCAACCACUCCCUUUAUCACUGGAAAGGCAGAGAAAGGGGUUUCGGGAAAGGGACACUCUCAUGGUGCUGUGGCAGUAUCUCUGGGACAGAAUUUUGAGAUAAGAUGGCGCCACCCUGUCUCCGCCCACAGGCACAAGGUCUUUGUAACCCUUCUUAGGGAAGUGGCUUGGUGGAAACUUCUCCCAACUCACCCAACAACAUGCUGAAUGGUGACUAGAGAAGAAAAAAAUGUGCAGAGACCAAACUCUAGGAUGGGGAGCUUGUUGCCUGAGGCAGAUGUGUCUCCCUGCACAGGUCACAUUUCAGGCCUGGCUUGGCUCUGGGGCCAUGGGAGAGACACAAUCGCCAAAUCCAUCUGUCUGUCUCAAUAAUGGACUUUGAUGAAGUACCUGCUGUUGAGCAACCACCCACUGUAGGAGGACAAAAGCCUCUUAAGGCUGAACUCUGGCCAUCCAGGGUGCUGAGCUGCCCAGAGGCUUCCAUGCAAACAGGAGCUUUGGCUGGGAAGUGCCUGUGUGUGGGAGGGGCCUUGGUGUGGAAGGAGCCUGCCAGGUCUCCUCCCUGCCUCAGUUUCUAGGGGAUCCCUCCUAAUUUAGCUUCUAGGAGGUGGGAGGAGCAGUUACAGCCUCAAGGGCCAGCAGGCACUUUGAUUUUCAGUGUGUAUAUCCAAACGAGCCUCCUCUUGCACCCUGAGCUGAAUACCCGCAGUACGAAUCUAGCAGCCUCAGACCCAGGGCUUGGAAGAGCCUUCUCUGGUUUCCAGAGCUUUGUGGGCCUUCUAAGAAAUCUUCCCUUCCCGAUAGUGUCCCCAUAAAGUUGGGAUCCUUGUUUUUUUGUCUACUGGGCAAGCACUGGAUCGAUGAUUUUGAUAACUGCCUCCCAAAGGGCCAGGAAACCACUUGUGUUCCCAAUGGUAGCUGUGGGCUGGACUUAGCUGAUGGUGACCAGGUAGAUGGUGCGGCUUAUUAGAGCUUUGGUGUCACGUAGACCCAGGUUCAAGUCUUGCCUUUGUCACUUCCUGCUGAGGGACCAGGAGCUGAAUUUCCUGCCUUAUGGGGUUGUUCUGAGCAGUGAAUUAAGUUGCUGAGGCAGAUACCUCUUGGUCUGGGUGCCUGCUCAUCUCAGAUUCUCCCUUUUUCUGAGAAUUUGUUCCCCUCGGUCUUCCUGUAGGAGUUGAAUGGAUGAAAGGUGAGCUAGUCAAGUUCUCUUAGGAACAAGUAGCAAGAUUCAGGGAUGCUCUUUCAGGCUCUGCAGGUCACCCACCUGAAGAGAGUAAACUCGGGAGCUGUGAGUGUGUGCAUCUACACGUGUGUGUCUGCCUGUGCAUCUGUGCCGGGGUUGGGAGGGUGGCGGCGGGUAGCCACCUACAUGCGUGUACUAGAGAAGGAGACGCACAGAGCAAAGCAGAGACCAGAGGGAGACCCCCAAAGCCUGGGUGGGGGUGGGGGUGUUACCAGGGACCUGCGGCUCUCCUCCUCCAGGCCAAGGCCUUCUGAGGCACAACUGCACUUUUUCCUUUGGGGCCUGUGAGAGUUCUUGGCCAGGGCACCUUCUCUUACUUUGCUUAAGCUGAUUUGAGUUAUCUGUUACUUGCAACCAAAAGUGUUCGGAAUUAGAUAAACUCUUCUAUGCUGAAAAGCACAGUGUUUCUCAAAUGUCAGGGUUUAUAUACCCACUUUGCAAUUUUUGCAAUAUCUAUGUACCAGCUAUAUGAUUGCUUAAUAAACAUUUUUCUUUAAAUUGGGUCACUUUUUAAAACUUAAAUUAUUCAAAAGGAUGUUUUAUUUAUAAACAAAAACGAAUGCCACCUGCCACAUGCAGGAGGUAAAUUUCAAGUGUAAUUAUUAAAAUUAAAAUAUUCUUAGGGUCCUGUCUAAAGUCACCUCAUAUGCCCCCAGGGACUUGCAUAGUACACCUCAGGAAACACUGCUAUAAUGUGUAUGAAGUGCACGGGGUCUGUAUUCAGUAAGUGCUCAAUUAAGAGUAAGUUGACAGUCCAACUCCCUUGCUUCUUCCAGAAUGCUGCCUCAAAACAGGACAGGGCCUCAUUCCUACCCGGGGCCCAUGGAGGACUAUUUCGGUCUGGCCCAUGCUGGUCUCCGUACCAUCUGAGUACAGCCACGUUUACUCCCCCUGUGGUCUCUGCUUGUUUGUGGCCUCAGAUGCUCUCUCUUCUUUUUGCCCAGAAUAUUCCUUAUAGACAACUUUCCCGAAGGCCUCCAGGCAGGGUCAUUACCUUUCUCCUAGCAGCAUUUUAGGGCUGGAAGGGUCUAACAUUUUUGUACCUUAGUUACUGCGGUCAUUGACGUUCAUGCAUUUCAAUGUCUGUCUUCCCUUUUCUGGGGCAGGAACGGAAUCUUACUCAUCGAUGUAUCGAUGUAUUGGCAGUUCCUCAAAAAAGGCCUGGAAUUGAGAUCAGCCUGUCUCCAAAGCUCACUGAUUUCCCAGGAUGUAGCAUCAAUGGACAUAAUGACAUUUAUACACACUUAUUUUGGAAGGGUUUAAGAGACUCUUCUGGGACAGGUAGAAAAGGAAUUUAAUAAUACAUUUCCUUCCAAAGUUCUAUGUUCAUACUUAAGGGGAGAUGUUGGGGAUUUUCAGAGGAUCAGAACGUUUUGGAGCUGGACAGGUCCAACCCGUUUAUCUUACUAAGGGGAACAUGGGACUCAGAACGGCCAAGUGAUUGUAGAAAUUACACAGCAUGGAACUGCAGCGAACACAGAACUGGUUGCUAAGCUCUGUGUCUCACUUCUUGCAAUAGUGACAGAUAUGAUAGGAAAAGCUGAUUUGUAAUUAUUUCAAAGAAACAAAAUCACCAGUCAGGAUUUUCAAGCCAUCUUGUAAGUCAAGAAAGCCUUACCCUGUAUUUCCUCCUUAUCUCAGCUUUCCCCUCAGGGCGUUUCCCCAGUGAUCUCAGCUGGGGAAUGUCGGUACAGGCAAGACCUGCCCACCCAGAAAGAUGAGGGAUAGGCUUGACGGUGCUGAGAGUAGGUGUCAGGUGCUGGGGAGGGGGAGGGGGGGAACUCCAAAAGCCUAAAUUUAGGAGUGAUUCCCAAGAACUGACACAUAGCCUUAUUCAGAUUCCUAAGAACUUUAAUAGGAGAAACUCACAUAUAUGGGCAAAGCAGCUGUCUGCUCUCAGUGGUGGCCGGCCGGGAAAAAACCCACACCCUCCUAGAACAGGGUCUCUUUUUUAUAGGGGAUUAAUAGUAAAACCACAUGGUGGGUAGUCAUGCAGACCACCAGAAAGAACAAUGCAUUUCUAAGUUAACAAAUAACAUCAGGCAGCUUUCCACAUUCUAUGUAUUCAUUAACCUCCUUCCUGGGGGCAUGACAUUUAUUUUUGGGCAGCAUUCCAGCUUUCUGGGUAAUCAGUCAAGACAGGCUACAGAGCGUUAAACAGUCACAGAAGUUUAAACAGAGAGUCCAGCAUUCCCCAGACACCUUUACCAUUGGGGAUACAUUGCACCUCUGACUUCCCCUACAGUUGGUCACGGUUGACUAGAACUGGGCGUGUUUAUGCUGCUUUUUACUCAUCUGUGUUAUAUCUGUGCUUGAGACCUGUGGCUAAAAAUAGGUACAAUAAAAUCUUGUAAAAUAUAA